GAGCACACCAGAAACAGAAAAGUCAGUUCCUCAGAAACUGUCCAAUGCCUCAAUUGGAUCGUUCUAGGAAUUCUACAGCCAAGCUCCUUCCUAUGAUGCUCGACGGUGACUAUUACGGUGGAUCAUCAGCUGCUGUUCCCUUCAAAUGGGAAUCUCAGCCCGGAACUCCCAUAAGACUCUUCAAAAGAUCUUCAGGUUCUGACUCCGAUUUCAAUUCUCCUGUUUCAGCUCCACUCACACCUCCUCCUUCUUACUUCAACGCUUCUCCUUCCUCUACAAAACCUAAAAGAGCCAACGUUCAUUCUGGUUCCUUGGUCAACAAGAAUCGUAGUGUUCCCUCGUCUCCGCGUGCUUCAUCUUCAUCAUCCUCGUCUUCAACAUCUUCUGUGCCAUCUUCUCCGCUGAGGACGUUGGAUUCGUAUGGAAGUAACAGUAGAAGAUCAGUGCUGUACGGAUCUAGACAUUAUAAUGCUAAGUCUUCAGGAUGCUACGGUUCCAUCAUCAAGAUGUUUCUUAGAGAUUUCAAGUAAUAAUUAUGUGUUUAAUAAUGUUCCAAAAUCUGUUGGUUUUCCACUGUUUUGUAAUCUCGGAAAUAAUUUCUGAAACUAAUUUUCCUCAGAUUCAUUUCAUCUCAAUGAAUCAAUCGAUAGGAUCAUAAGUGAUAAUCAUAUGCUUGC